UUCAAUUCCUGUCCAAAUCAAGUGGAAUCUUGGUCUAAAUUGACUAAUUUUUCACAAGCUUUGUGAUUGUGAGGAGAGAUUUCAGAGAAAACACAAUUUUGGGGUCCGAAUUUGAAACCCUAGUUUGAGAUAAUUUGGGGGUUUUGGGAUUUUUGGUUUCACAAGCACUCUUCCGUCUUGAAACAAGGAAAUGGCAAGGACCAAGGAAAAAGCGGGUUCAAGUUCAUCUUCAUCAAAAGGCAAGGGCAAGCAAAAGGAGCAACCAUCAAAGAAGAGGCAAUAUAUGGGUAGGGUUAGUGAAAGCGAAAGUGAAGGCGAAGAAGAAGAGAUGGAGUUAGACCCAAGUGAUAAGCCGGUGUGGAAUUCGGGGUCGUUGGAUGAUCAACCCGAAAUUUGGCAGCCAACACUUUACAACGAUUGUAUGAACAAAUUGAAAAACAAGGCUGCCGCGUUUAUUUGUGAGAAAGAAGUUGAUGAGCCCCAAUUCGGUCAGUUCGGGGUGUUUGCUAAGUUUCGUGCUUUGGGCUGGGAAGGAGCGCUCAAGUGUUUUGACAAAGAUAAGAGUAAUCUGUUUAUGACUGAGAUUCAGGAGUGGAUGGCAACACUUAAAUGUCACAACUUCAACAAGCCAUCACAAAUGAAGUUGAUCGGGAUGGUACAUGGGGUGCCGGUUGAGAUGUCAUUCGACACGUUGAAGAAGCUGGGAAAGUAUGACAGUCUCCCGGCUAAGGAGUACAUGAUUCCCACGCUUGAUGAUUUAUUGCUCAAACCAGAGAAGCACGUGAGAUGGAACGACAUGUUAGCGGAUUUGUUUUUGCCCGGUAGGUACAGUGGUGUGUUAUACCGGAAGAAUUUGAAGAUAGAAGCCAAACUGUUGCAUACAAUCUGCCUGCUUAAUGUCAUUCCAAGAAGAGGCGAUAAAGAACAGGUGAGGUUUCCAGAGAUACCUGUUCUGUAUUCAUUGAUGCAUGGGUCCCCACGCUUUCCAAUACGCUACCUGAUUAUGCACCAUUUGUGGAUAUGCCAGAACAAAUACGGAAGAGACAUCGUCCCGUACUGUCGCAUCAUAACGGGUUUGAUGAAACAGCAGAAGGCACUCACAUCCGAAGACCGAGGUUUGACGAAAAGGCACCAGCCUUUUACUUUGGAUUGGUUGGGAAACGUUUGGACGUAUACUCAGUCUGAACGUUAUCACAAGUUGAAAUCAGAGGGUCAACGGUGGAGGGCAUUGAAAUUGGGUGCAAGGGAGUUGUUACCGGGAGAGCCGGAUGAGCCGGAAAGCGAUGAAGAGUUGGUUCCUAGUGGGGACGAGGAUUAUGCGGACGAGCCGCAGGGUGGUGCAAAUGUUGGUUUUGGGGUUUUUGGUGGUGGUCAUGGUGGUACGUUCUACGACUACGCGCAGCAACCGUAUGAACCGGGGUGGGCUUAUAGUGGUUCAAUGCAAGAGGUGAUCGAGAGCCAACGCCCUCCGGCGUCCAUUUUUGAUACUUGGUCGGGGCCGGAGAGGACGUUGUAUGAUCAAAACACGAGGAAUAGUGCAAGCAUAGAGCGGUCGUUAAAACAUAGCUUCGAUCGCAAUGAGUCAUGGAACCGAGCUAAAAGAUGGAUAAAAGGCAGUUUUGGAGGCUUUGGUGGAGAACGGGUCGAGAGGAGAACAAAAGAAACAACAAAGGAGACAAAGCAGCUGACUACCGUAAAUUACGGUCCUGCCGUAAUUUACGGUAAACAUGGAUUUGGCAUUUUUCUUCACCGUAACACAGGCUCUCCAUGCCGUAAAGGAAUUAUGUCCCCCGUAAAUUACGGUGGAGCCGUAAUUUACGGUGGAGCCUGCGAGCAAAAAGUGUAA